CCUAUCGUUGCAGUUUUCUGAGGAGACUGUAGAGGGCAGCAGUGCUUCCGGGUGUCAAUGCGGAAGUGGCGCAUUGCUUGUUUACUGCCAGCUGCGCCUCUGGUGUAUUUUAUCGGUGUUUGUGAGCUGAGCGGUCCAGUUAUUUCCACUCCUUGGUUGUUGGAGCUGUCGUCGCGUUUUCGAUGGGAGCUCGCGGGCUUCUGGGGAACCAGCCGGAGUCCAUAGACUAUUCGGUGCAUGAAGCCUGGAACGAGGCUACAAAUGUCUACCUGCUUGUCAUCCUGGUCAGCUUCGGCCUGCUCAUCUACGCAAGAAAAAACAAGAGGAAGAUCAUGCGGAUCUUCACGCUGCCUCCCACCGUCGGCAGCAGCCCUGAGCCUAACUUCUACGACAGCCUGCAGAAGGUGCGGCUGCGGCAGCAGCUUGAGAUGUACUCUCUGGCUAGGAAGUUUGAACAGCAGCAGCAGCAGACAGACAGUGUGCAGCUCUCCAUGGAAUGAGAAACAAAGUUUCCAGCUCCUUCCCAUGAGUUCUGGACACAGAUGGAGGUGGACUUGGACUCCCGUCAGAAUCAGAGAUGGUACGUGCCGUCAGGAGCGGACACAGCUGGAUUAGACAUUACCAGAGGUUGAAGGUGUGCGGCGUUUCUUCAGCCUGCAGCGGGGAGAGCACGAACAAAUGAAGCAGAGCACGGAGAAUUUAAUGGACGUGAAUAUUUUGUUUAUCGUUAAUGUUCGCACACAUUUAAACCAGUGGUUGUUAAAGAAAAGAAAAGUGGAAACGUGUUGUUUAUUCAUGCAUAAAGCCCAGAUCACCAUGCUGAUGUGAUGCCAGAGGAUGAGCUCAGAGACGUAACAGGAAGGUUCUCCGUCGAAUGUGUUUGGUGACCCAACAGCGGGUUGUCCUGGAGAGAUUCUCUAAAUGAAAUGCAGAUACAUUUCAUUUAGAGACUUUUGGUAGUGGACAUAAAAACAUUGUUCAUAUACACAGUCCCUAAAAAUGUGCUCAUCAGUCUCCCUAUCAUAUUUUGAGAUGGUGUGGACUCAAGUUUUAGAACAUUAAGAAAUUAAAUGUUAUUACUCUGA